CCUCCCCUCCCGAUGAUGGCCCGCCCCUCUAGCCUCAGCGCUUGGGAGCGGAGGGAGAGUAAAUACAACAGGAGCGCAAAAUGGCGGAGUCGCUGAACCCAGUUCACGGUGCUGCCGCCGCCCCGGAGAAAGAAUCGUUCUGCAAACCGCCGCCGCCUCCCUCUACUCGAGACCCAUCAUGCUCUCUGUCGGCCAAGAAAGUCAGGACGGAGGAAAAGAAGCCGCCGCGAAGAGUAAACGGGGAAGGGGGCGGUGGCAGCGGCGGGAAUAGCAGGCAGCAGCCGCCUCCGCCUCAGAGCUAUGGCAGCCCCGCGUUGUGGAGCUUCGCGGCCGUGGCCGCUGCCGCCACCCCUCCCGGCGGCUUCUUUCCCGCGGGCACCGCCACUACUUCCUCUUCUUCCUCUUCCUCCUCCUCUUCCUCCUCUUCUUCCUCUUCCUCCUCCUCUUCUUCCUCCUCCUCCUCUUCCUCCUCCUCUUCUUCACUCUCUCCUCAACCUCUGCCCCGCAAACUGCUUGUCUCCCCGACGCUGCUUCACGCUCAGCCCCACCACCAUCUUCUGCUCCCGGCCCCCACUGCAGCUAACGCUAAGCCUCGGAGACCUAAAGAGAAGAGGGAGAAGGAGAAGAGGAGGCACGUCGUCGCCGGGGCGGGGGAGGCCGGAGGGGCCGGAGAGGAGAACGGGGAGGUGAAACUCCUGCAGAGAGACGAGUUCUUGAGAGAUUUUGGUGACCUUGCUCGAAACUCUUGCCCUUGCCCCUCAAAAGAUAAAAUCAAAGACAAAAUUAAAGAGAGAGACAAAGAGAAGCAAAAAGAAAAAAAGAAGCAUAAAGUAAUAAAUGAAAUAAAGAAAGAGAACGGAGAAGUCAAAUUGUUGCCGAAAGGUGGGAAGGACAAACCAAAAACAAAUGCAGAAGACUUACAAAUUAAAAAGGUAAAGAAGAAAAAGAAAAAGAAACACAAAGAAAGUGAAAAAAGGAAGCGUCCAAAAAUGUAUAGCAAAUCUAUUCAAACCAUCUGCUCAGGAUUGCUUUCUGAUGUUGAAGAUCGAGAAGCCAAAGGCAUCAUAGAUGAUCAUCUUAAGGAUUAUAUUGGAAAGAAUUUGGAUACCAAGAAGGAGUAUGAGUCUAAGAUACCAGAGAACAGUGAGUUUCCAUUUGUCUCGUUAAAGGAGCCUCGAGUUCAGAAUAAAACAAAAAGGUUGGACGCAUUGGAAUUCAAACAGCUCAUUCAUAUUGAGCACCAGCCUAAUGGAGGCGCAUCAGUUAUCCAUGCCUACAGUAAUGAACUCUCCCACUUGUCUCCUGUGGAGAUGGAGAGAUUUGCAGAAGAAUUUGUGGGUUUGGUUUUUAGUGAAAAUGAAAACUCUGCAGCUUAUUAUGUAAUGGGUAUUGUUCAUGGGGCAGCUACAUAUUUACCUGACUUUUUAGACUACUUUUCAUUUAAUUUUCCCAAUUCACCAGUGAAAAUGGAGAUAUUAGGAAAGAAAGAUAUAGAGACAACGACUAUGUCCAAUUUUCAUGCUCAGGUAAAAAGAACAUAUUCCCAUGGUACAUAUCGAGCUGGCCCAAUGCGACAAAUCAGCUUGGUAGGAGCAGUGGAUGAGGAAGUGGGAGAUUACUUUCCUGAGUUUCUUGACAUGUUGGAAGAUUCACCUUUUUUAAAAUGUACACUGCCAUGGGGAACACUAUCUAGUCUAAAAUUAGAGAGUCGGAAAGAUAGUGAUGAUGGUCCUAUCAUGUGGGUACGUCCAGGAGAACAAAUGAUCCCUGUGGCUGACAUGCCAAAGUCACCUUUCAAAAGGAAAAGAACUACCAAUGAAAUAAAAAACCUGCAGUACCUACCUCGAACUAGUGAGCCCCGUGAAAUGCUUUUUGAAGACAGGACACGAGCCCAUGCAGAUCACAUAGGACAAGGCUUUGAGCGACAAACUACAGCUGCUGUUGGAGUGCUAAAGGCUGUACAUUGUGGGGAGUGGCCUGAUCAGCCUCGUAUUACCAAAGAUGUAAUUUGUUUUCAUGCUGAAGAUUUCUUAGAGGUAGUUCAACGAAUGCAGUUAGAUUUGCAUGAACCUCCACUAUCUCAGUGUGUCCAAUGGGUUGAUGAUGCAAAACUUAAUCAACUUCGAAGAGAAGGCAUUCGCUAUGCCAGAAUUCAAUUAUAUGAUAAUGAUAUCUACUUCAUUCCAAGGAAUGUUGUACAUCAGUUCAAGACUGUUUCAGCUGUAUGCAGUUUAGCAUGGCAUAUUCGGCUCAAGCUGUAUCAUUCAGAGGGUGAUGCCUCUCAGAAUGCAGAUACUUUGGAUGUAGGCACUUCAACAGAUCAUAUGCCAUCAGUUCUUGGACUUCAUACUGAUAGCAUAAUUUGUACUGUAAGCAAAACCACCUCGGAUUCCAAUUUUUCAGACAAACCUACUAAGUAUGAACUUCAACAGAUUAAACAUGAACCCUUUUCAUCUGUAAAAAUUAAAGAGGAAACCGUGAAAAUUAACAUUCUUGAAAAAACAGCGCCUAAUAAUUUGGACAGUCAAAAUAUUAAAGCAAAGUUGGAUCAUGUUGAAUUUACAGAAUUUAAAAUUGAUAUGGAUUCUAAAUUUGAAAAUAGUAGCAAAAAUUUAAAAGAAAAAUUGUGCCCUGGAAGUCAUGUAAAUUUAGAUGACACGAGGCAGCAUAGUUCAACACAUCCAAGUUUGGAUAGAAAAGAUGAUGACAUUUUGUGCUAAAUUUGUACAUACAGUUUUAAAUUCUUUUUUUUUUUAAUUUCAUGACACAAUAAUGUAAAGAUUCAUAAAAUUCUGAAAGCAAGCUGAUGCUUUGCUCUUAUAUCUGUUACAGAAAAUAGUUGAUGUAGCUUUGUAACAUUCCUCAGUGCCUGUCCAUAACUGUGAAGUAUCAAAGCACUUAGGGCCAGAUGCACUGUAAACACUGCAGGUUUAACAUAAAGAAGUCUUUAAAUCAUUUGAGUUAUAGGUUUUAGAGUAGAGCUGACAUUAACAU